ACAAACCUGGACGGAGAUGUGAUGCACAACCUGGCUGAAGUCCAGCCUGAUGCGAAUCAGCUGAUCGCUAUUCUACCUCAAGCACUUGUUGCACGAAUCAACGACGAUGAAUCGCCACCAGAACUUGUCGGACUUGUACAAAAAGCUGAACAUAACCGAGGAGGACAUCGACUACCUAAACAACUUCACCAUUCCUUCGUCCGACGACAAGUACUGCUACUGCAACGGCGUAGUUCGUGACCUUGCCCUCUCCUACAAGGUCUACCACGGCUACGUUGCCCUGAUAGUCUGCAUAUUCGGAAGCGUCGCGAAUAUGCUGAACAUCGUAGUUCUCACCCGGAAGGACAUGGCUUCGGCUCCCAUCAAUCGCAUACUCACAGGACUUGCCACCGCCGACAUGCUCGUCAUGUUCGAGUACGUUCCAUUCGCCGUUUACAAGUACCUCAUCCUUCCAGGACACAAAGUCUUCCCUUAUGGCUGGGCGGUCUUCGUGCUCUUUCACAUGCACUUUGGCCAAGCCCUCCACACCAUCAGCAUAGGAUUGACCCUCACUCUUGCGGUCUGGAGAUACAUCGCUAUCAGGUUCCCCCAACACAAUCAUGCCUGGUGCACCGCUGCUCGGUGCAGAGUCGCACUCUGGAGCAGUUUCCUCGCCCCUUUCAUCGCCUGCGCUCCAAGCUAUCUGGUCUUCGGGAUCAGGGAGGAAAGCCUGGAGGAAAAUGGCCGGGUGGAAAUACUCUACUACGUCGAUGCGAUGGACGCAAACACGACGGGAAAGAGGUUCCUUAUUCAGUUGAACUUUUGGAUGUUGGGCGUCGUCGUCAAGCUUCUUCCCUGUCUGAUUUUGACCGUCAUUAGCUGCUGGCUGAUCAAGGCCUUGUACAGGGCGAAGGGAAGAAAACAGGCGCUGAGGGAUUACAAUCCGUGUGCCAUUAACACAAUGAAAAACGGGGGUUCCCGGAGAGCCAGCAAGUCCGAGAGACGGACCGACCGGACAACUCGGAUGAUGGUUGCCGUGCUGCUCCUCUUCCUCGUCACCGAAUUCCCGCAGGGGAUUCUGGGCCUGCUUUCAGCCGUGCUGGGAGAGUGUUUCUUCCGGAACUGCUAUCACAGCUUGGGGGAGAUUAUGGACAUCCUCGCGCUCCUGAACGGCGCCAUUAACUUCAUUCUCUACUGCUCGAUGUCACGGCAAUUCAGGACGACCUUCGGCCACCUUUUUAAACCCAGGAUAAUGAAGAAGUGGCAUCCUGCCACGCAGCAGACCGAUAUACAGAGCACUUAUGUAUGAUACAGGCCUUGCAAUGCCCCGAUUCAAGUCAGCUGCUUUUAACCCUUCCGUCUGUUGUGUGCGUUUCACCCCCUGCAGUGCCUCGCACUUAUUGGCUGUGCAAAAACCCUCGUGUCUGUAUUUUCUCAUCUUUGAAAAACUCGACGAUGGCGCGCCGAGAGAAAUUU